AUGAGUGUUUGGGCUCGCGCCGGACUUUUUGGAUCUGCCGUAUAUUGUCUGCAGAGGAAGAGGAGCGCAUUAGCUGAAGUAAAAAGUGACAUCACGCAGCUGAGCGACAUGGGUUCAGACUAUGAGCUGAAACUGGUGCAAGUGGUGUUCCGCCAUGGGGCCCGGACCCCUCUGAAGCCUAUUCCUCACAGUGAGCAGGUGGAGUGGUCACCGACUCUUCUCGAGGCUCCCGCGCACACUCAGUUUAAUUAUACGGUCACAGAUCUGGAGGGCGGGCCCAGACCCCCUUCACCAUUCGAGGAGAAAUACCGAUCUCACAAGCUGAAGGGUGGCACCUUCCCAGGACAGCUCACCACAGUAGGGAUGCAGCAGAUGUUCAACCUGGGCGCCAGGCUCCGGAAGGCUUAUAUAGAAGAGCGGGAUUUCCUAUCGCCAGUGUUGAAGCCAUCAGAAGUCUAUGUCCGGUCCACCAACAUAGUGCGUAACCUGGAGUCUACACGUUCUUUACUAGCCGGCCUCUACCAGCAAAAGCAGGAAGGACCCAUCACAAUCGUCACGGACGAGGCCAGCAGUGAAAUCCUCUACCCCAAUUACCAGAACUGCCGGGAACUCAAACAUCUGACAAGUGGCCGGAUGUCUGAUGCCACCAACCAGCCGGGAAUGACAGACGAGCUGAGGAAACUCCAGCGGGACUUGAAUAUUGAAUCCACAGAGCACGUAGAUUUCUUCUUACUGCUGGACAACCUGCUGGCCGAAAAGGUGCACGGAUUUCCCUUUUCUAGGAGAUAUAAAAGCCAUCUGCAGAAGUCUGAGAAAAGAGCUCUCGAUAUUGUCUCCUAUAUGGUGGGACCUAAUAACAGGGGGGCCUUGAAACUGAUGGUGGGGCCGUUCCUGCACACCCUGCAGAGUAACAUUUUGGAAGCCACGAGGAGGACGCCUGCCGCUCUGCCGCAAAGGAAGCUUUUCCUUUACGCUGCUCACGAUGUGACCCUGAUUCCCCUCCUGAUGGCUCUGGGGAUCUUUGACCACAAGUGGCCCCCUUAUGCUGCUGACCUCAGGCUGGAGCUGUACCAGCAUCGUCCAUCCAAGGCGUGGUUUGCACGACUCAAAUACAACGAGGAGGUACGGGUGGUGAAAGGUUGUAGAUCCAGCCUCUGCCCGCUGGAGGAAUUCCUGAACACCUUCUCCCAGUUCACUCUGAGUCCAGAAGAGUACAAAGGUCUCUGCUGCAUAACGGACACCGAAAGCCGGAGCAGGAAAUAGACGGAACCGGUC